CGUCGCGUUCAGCAAGAGCUCUAGUUUGAGGGCCAUCAACACCACCCGGAUAUAUAUCACCCACCACACCAACAAUGUCAGUUUCAGGGCCAUCAACACCACCACUGCACUGAUACCCACGCUAGUUCGAGGAUAGUGCUGCUUGCCACAACCAGUAGCCCCAGGCCCAGCACGCACGAGCCACCUAUAGAAUGUGCUUCGAGUUCGGCUCGUGCUUCGGCGGCGGCAGGCGGGACGACUACGGCCGCAGCAGAGGGAACCACGGCCACGGCUACUUGUCGGAGCCGGCGCCGGAGUACCGGCAGCCGCCCAUCAUCGACGUCCACGAGGCUGGGCACAAGGCCUACCACGACAGCACGCCGAAAGCCGACCACGCCCACGCCGGCAGCCACGCAGCCUACUUGCAAGACCAGGCUGGCGGCGAGACGCCGCCGAGGCAUCCCGCGUGGCACAACAAGGUCGGCGACGACGCCGGCAACGGCGCCUACACGCCGCGCCACCACGAAGCUGCGGCUGAUCACAGGGGCAACGCCGCCAUGGCUUACCACCCUCGUCAGGUACUAGCUAGUCGUUAGGAUUAGCUAGUCGUCAGGGGCAGUUCAUCGGCCCGUCAAUUCCUCCCUCUCUUUUCACUCUGUUUCAUUCAGUAGCUCUGUCUUUUUUUCCUGUCCUUGUAUGUUUGGGUUUUGGUCAGUCGUCUUCCUAUCUGCCCAAACGGAGAGGCACCUAGAGCAUAGAGUGUGUCUAAGAACCGGAGGCUGUGGAUUUUGAGAGAGAGCCUCCAUGGUCUCUACGGCAGGGAGAAGGUCCAGUAGCUCCAGGAAGCUUUUGCUGGCAGAUGGUUCUACCUUUACUAGUCUGUUUGUGUAGUUUCUUACUUGUAAUUUAGCUGCCGCUGCUUUCACCUUGUAUCAUAAGUAUAUAAUCAAGUGAAAGAAAGCAUUGCCAAAUCUCUA